CAACAUCUAGUCAUAGCAGUUGCAUCAACAUCAUCUGCUAUUCCAAUAAUAUUAUUAAAUACUAGUCAGGAUGACAAAAAUCAAAGCUGUAUCAGUAUAGAAUCAGAUAGUAAAUAUAAUCAAAUAUUAGAUAAUGAGAAGUAUAACGAUGAAUAUAAUGAGGA